GAGCCAUCGCGUCGGUCCCAAAUGCAAAUCUAGGGUUUCUUCUCUUUGGAGCCGGUGGCACCGCGGCGAAUGAAGCAAUUGGGUCCGGGAAUUCGCGUAGAAGCGUGCUGAUCCCAUGGACGGAGCUCGCGUGCAGCUGGGGGAGCCGAUCGGGGAUGCCGUCUCCAGGAUCCGGUUCGCUCCGGGAUCCAACAACCUCUUGAUCUCUUCCUGGGACUCCGUUCUUAGGGUGUUUGAUGUGGAUGGAUGCGUGCUCAGAGUGAGAGCUCCUUCAGAUGGAGCACUUCUUGAUUGCUGUUUUGAGGACGAAAAGGCUGCCCUUUCGGCCAGUUCCGACGGCUGCAUUCGGAGGUAUGACUUCUGUUCAGAGACCCAAACCAUAGUGGGAAAUCAUGAUGAUUCAGUCACUUUCAUUGAUCAUUCCAAGGAAACUGGUCAAUUUAUUUCAGCUGGUUUAGAUAAGAAGUUGAUGUUCUGGGACUUGCAUAUGAAAAAUGGACAUGCUGGAUGCACACAAGUGGUAUAUUCAGACAUAUGGUCUAUUUCGCUUUGCCAGACUUAUCUAGUAGCUGUUGUUGGUAAACAGAUAAAUGUCUAUGACUUGCGAAACUUAAGGGUGCCAGUUCAAAUAAAAGAAUCCUCUAUGAGUUAUCAAAUAAGAUGUGUCCGCUCAUUUUCUAGCUGUGAAGGAUAUGCAUCUGGUUCAGUUGAUGGAUGUGUUGCGCUAGAGUAUUUUGAUCCUUCAAAGUCACAUGAGAUGGGGUGUGUAUUCCGCUGUCAUCCAAAAUCAAAAAGUGGAAGAUGCCACUUGGUUACAGUAAAUGACAUUGGAUUCCAUCCAUGCUCUGAUACCUUUGUGACAGGUGAUAAUGAAGGAUAUGCUAUUAUUUGGGACAUCCAAAGCAAGAAAAGACUCUAUGAGAGAAGAGGCUCCUCAAAUAUUCAUUCACGCGAUGGAGAACAUUGCAAAACCAUCUCGUCUAUCUUAGAUGGCAGCAGUGUGCACAUGUUGUAUGUCUUCAGGUCGAGUUACAGUGACGGGAUUGUUGUAUGUUUCCAUGUCUGUCUUAUUUCAGAACAGACUUCUGUGUCAAGUGUGUGAUGCAAGAACACUAACCCUUGUCCUCUUUGUUGGAGUCUCUGUCUGGGCCGGCAAAGCAAUUGGAGGCUGCUUCUGUUGUAUUUACUGUAUACUGUUCCAAUUCUUUCAGAUGACUUGGUGCUUGAAUAGCCGAAGUACCACUCAUCCUUCUCUCCAGUUUGUUGAUGUAUGCUACAGGUUUAAGAGUACAUUCAAUUGGCUUAACCUUUUAGAACGUGUUCAAUCAAAAGAUUUGAUGCUUGCGUCAGUAGACUUCCAA